AUAAAUGAUAACGUUAAUGCGCAUUGCGUUACAGUUCUUAUUUGUAAAAUUUGAAUUAUUCAAUGAAUUUAAGUAUAUUAAAACCAUAAACGAAUUGUGAAUUUUCCAAAAUGAGUUUGGUCGCUUUGAGAGGCCUUUGCAAAUGCAUAUUCUUGCCAAACUUGUCGCGUUCCAGCCACUACACGAGUGCGAUCAGUUUGAAAAAUUUGUAUCCAGACAGCUCGUUGAAACUAACAACACCGAAACCCGAUCAAGUACCGGGCAAGGACGGCGAAUUCAACGGCUUCAUACCGAUCGACCAAUUGGAAAUCACGUACAGCACGUCGAGCGGACCCGGUGGACAAAAUGUCAACAAAGUAAACACCAAAGUAGACCUGAGAUUGAAAGUCGAAUCGGCUAAAUGGCUUGGCGACAAUGUCCGACAAAAAUUAAUCGAAAUCAACAAAAACAAGUUGACCAAAGAAGGAUAUUUAGUGAUUCGGUCAGAAAAAACUAGGUCGCAACAAUUAAACCUGGCCGAUGCCAUGGAACGGCUCCGCUCUAUUAUUUGGAAAGCCGUCGAACCUGAACACGAACCUUCUGAAGAAACUGUAGAGAGAAUAAGACGCAGAGCUGAAAGUGCAAAUCGCAAAAGAUUGGUCGAUAAAAAAAUGAAAUCUUUUAUUAAAAGCGAUCGUCAAGCUCCCACAAUCUAGUUUCAUUGCUGCCAACCUGUCAGUAAUUAAUUGUUAAACAAUUUUUAAUGAAAAUUAUUGUUUGUACAACAUAUUUUAAUGUAAAUACUGUACUUACAAAUGAUUUUGUUAAUUAAAUAUAUUUUGAUAUUAAGGAGAGAAAUACAUUUUUUAGUUCACUGAA